GCACAGUUCGAAGUUUUCAGCUUCUCUCAGAAACAUUAGUUUUCUUUUAUGUUGAUCGAUUUCAUCACAUAAACCCUAAUUUAGAUUUCAGGGUUCAUCUGAACAGUCUUGCAUAUCUCGAAGCUCCAAAAUCAUCAACAAUGGAUAAUAAUUUCGACAACUAUCAUCACCACCAUCAUCAACAAUGGCGUCCAGCACCAACACAGCCAAACGUAUGCCCGAUUUGUACAGUGCCUCACUUCCCCUUUUGUCCACCGUGUCCUCCUCCAUCUUCUUUCCCUCACAACCCGAACUUCCCUCCUCCUCCUCCUCCUCACCUCAAUUCACCUCGUCCUGGUUUCGAUUCGUUCACCGGACCACCGGUUCCACCACCGCAAAUUCACUAUCCGCCCUGGCAACCUCACCACAGAAAUCAAUGGCGACCGGUUUCUUCUGACUAUCGUAGCGCCGUUGAUGUUGAUAGGGAAGCUGAUCGGAGCUAUAAGCGAGCUCGGAUUGAUGCGAUCGGUGGUGGUUCUCCCGGUUACGGUGUUUCAUGGGAGAAUGAACGGAGGUUGAAGAUGGUUCGCGAUCAUGGUUAUGGUUUAACUGCGCCGUCUCCCGGAGUGAAUUUAGAGAUCAAUCAUCAGUAUGGGAGUGAAUUUAGGAAUGGAGGUCAGUUUAAUGGUGCAGCUCCUCCGCCUCAUCAUCCGCCGCUGUACGGAGGCUAUUUUAGCGGUCCUAACGGUCAGCCUCCUCUUCCGGUUUCUCCACCACCGCCUUUGCCUCCUUCUCAUCCGCCGUCUCAUCCUUCUUCACUGUUUCCUGUCACUACUAAUUCGUCACCAACGAUCCCUCCAUCAUCAUCAUUACCUCAAAUGCCUAAUGCUUCUCCAUCUUCUGCACAAUUAGCACCUACUCGGUCUAAAGUGAUUGAUGUGUCCCAUUUAUUGAAGCCUCCUCAUCGUUCUACUCGUCCAGAUCACUUUGUAGUUAUCCUUCGAGGGCUACCAGGCAGUGGGAAGAGUUAUUUAGCCAAGUUGUUGCGUGACAUCGAGGUAGAAAAUGGUGGUAGUGCUCCGCGAAUCCAUUCUAUGGAUGAUUACUUCAUGACUGAAGUUGAGAAGGUUGAGGAGAGUGAUUCAACUUCUUCAAGCUCUGGUAGAAGCAAAAGACCUAAUGUGAAGACGGUCAUGGAAUACUGCUAUGAACCUGAGAUGGAAGAGGCUUAUCGUUCAAGCAUGCUGAAAGCUUUUAAGAGGACACUUGAAGAUGGAGCCUUCAGCUUUGUAAUCGUGGAUGACCGCAAUCUGCGGGUAGCUGAUUUUACUCAGUUUUGGGCAACAGCAAAGAGAUCUGGAUAUGAAGCUUACAUAUUCGAAGCAACAUACAAGGACCCGACUGGCUGUGCUGCAAGAAACGUACAUGGCAUCACACUAGAUCAAGUACAGCAGAUGGCAGAACAAUGGGAAGAAGCUCCUUCAUUGUACAUGCAGCUGGAUAUCAAGUCUUUUACGCGGUGGGAUGACCUGAAGGAGAAUGGAAUCCAGGAGGUGGAUAUGGACAUGGAAGAUGAUUUCGGACUGCCAGAAAGAAAAUCUGAUAACAGUACCCAGUCAGAAGAAAAGGGUGCGACAGAGGGCUCUUACAAAAGUGAGAGUAAAUGGCAUGCAGAAUCUGGCUCCCGUACAGAAGAAGUGAAAGAACUAAGCAGAAGUAAAUGGUCAAAUGUAGAAGAAGAUGAAACAGAGAACUCUCAGAGCGUGAGACGAAACCCCAAAUCUCUUCCCAAAUCAAGCCAGCGGAAAGGCAAAUCUGUUUGGUGGGGAGAUAAGGGUGGAGAUGCAGGUUUUUCAAUUGGUGCUGCCAGGAAUAUGAACAUGCCAUCCUUAGUUAUAGGUCCAGGAUCAGGAUACAACUUGAAAUCGAAUCCUCUAUCGGAAGAAGAGAGUCGUGCACUUGCUGAUGCAAUUGGGAAAGCAAAGGUAAGAGGAAUUUUCCAGGAUCAGCUUAGAGCAGAGCGUGAGUCUUUCAAAGCUGUUUUUGACAAGAGACAUGUAUGAAUCGUUACAAAGGAUAAGUAAGUGUAUGAUUUUCUCUGGGUAAUCAAAAUUUAUUUUGCCUGAUC